UGUCGAGAGCGCAAGGUGCCAUGGAGUUGCAUGACAUAGAACGGCAAGGCAAAGGUGUGGUUGUACACAAGCUCUGCUCACGCCAACCACAAAUCAGACAUGCAGAUAGGCUUUCCAAGAGGUCCACACAGGCGCGUUUGAUGGUUCUCGAACAAUGACAAGGAUAGCUAGUGCGAUUGGGAUUGGCUUAUUAUUACAGCGUUGCCAAACAAACCUACACGAGGACCGGACAGACAUGGAUGGGGCCAUCGCUUUGUGCCAGUGGCUUUCCAACAAAAUAGAAUACAACAUCAGAGCGGCUUCACAGAUUCUCCAGCUAGACAACACAAACGCUAUUUCGUCUCAAAAAAAAAAAAAAAAAAAGCUGCACAUCGUUCCGUCAGCACGAGCCAAUGGUCAAAUUUCAAGUCACCUUCGAAUGCUUUCGAUAAAGAACCAGAGUCACCCAGCUGUUAACUGACUAAUUCUCAGGAAUCUUGUAAUUGCCCAACGCUUCGCCACAUAUUUGAACCGAAGGCCACUGAUCAACAUACACGGCUCAGCGAGCCAUUUGUUUCUAUAUAAAUUUCAUAACAGAGAACCGAGAUAUGAUUAUUCUUUGUUCU